UCUCGUAAUCACGCCUGCCCGGCGCUCGUGCGCUCGCGCGUCUCCUCCUGAACCUUCUCCACCGACCUCCGGGGUGGUGAGAUGUUCCGUCCCAAGCUUCCGAGCCCUUCCCGCCCAUGGCGCCCUUGCCUUCUACCAGGCGCGCCUCCCACUCGCCCUCGCAUCCCCGCGACGGCCCUCCCAGGACGACGGCGCUUCCUUCCGCCGUCGGCCGCCUCCGCCUCCGGCUCUCCUCCGUCUAGGAAUUCCCCACUUCCUCCAGCGAGGACGUCAUCGAAGAAUAAGUCGCCGGAUGAGAUUGGGAGGUGGAAGAAGGUUCCUCCUGGGAUGCGCGAGUCCGCCGUCCAUGAAACUGAAGACCCGUCGCCGUCGCCGCCGCGGACGGCCCUGUUGUCGGCGAGGCGGAGGGCGCGCGCUGCGUGCCGGAAGGUGACAUCUUGGGUGCCCAGGAAGGCCAGGAGCGUCGUAUUGCUCAAUCUGGUCACCCUUAUCUUUGCUAGCAACAUUUCGGUUGUGAAAGAGGCAGAGACUCUGUUGGACCCUGACCUUUUCAAUAUGUUAAGGUUCACUAUAGCAGUCAUCCCGUUUGCACCUUUGUUACUAAAGUCACUGAGAGAUAUGCGAAUCCUUGUUAGAGGAGUAGAGUUGGGCCUUUGGGUAAGCAUGGCCUACCUGGCUCAGGCUGUUGGGCUACUAACCGCUGACGCUGGCCGUUCAUCUUUCAUUUCUGCACUCACUGUUAUCAUUGUCCCUUUCUUGGAUGGUCUUGUUGGGGCAGAAGUACCUGCAUAUACAUGGUUUGGAGCAGUUUUAUCACUUCUUGGUGUUGCUAUGCUGGAGCUAAGUGGUUCUCCACCAUGUGUUGGUGAUCUUCUAAACCUCCUGAGUGCCUUUUCUUUUGCAAUUCAUAUGCUCAGAACCGAGCAUAUUUCCAGAAAUAUGAAGAAAGAGAAUUUCUCAACUCUUGUUGGAUGUGAGGUGUUUGUUGUAGCUCUCGUAUCAGCAGCCACAUACAUUUUGAAAUGCUUCAUCCGGAAUGUGCAACACUGGCAUUUCAAAUCAUGGCCACCAACGGAGUUAUUUGGUAUGGCGAUGUCAUUGCCCUGGCCAGCAAUUCUUUACACAGGAAUAUUCUCAACUUCGUUUUGUUUAUGGGCAGAGGUGGCUGCUAUGCGUGAUGUAUCAGCUACAGAAACUGCAAUAAUUUAUGGUCUAGAACCAGUGUGGGGUGCUGCCUUUGCAUGGGUGAUGCUUGGUGAGAGAUGGGGCAUGGCAGGAUUUGUUGGAGCUAUUUUAAUCAUAGUCGGUAGCUUGAUGGUUCAGAUAUUGGGAUCAAUCCCAGAUACAUCGAGAGGGAACACUUACCAGAUGAACAGCUGAGUACAUCCAGUACAGAGAUUGAUGGCCUUUGUUCCUGCAUACCCCCAACAAAUUGCAUUCCGUGAUGAAGCAAUUUUUAUCCUUUCAUACGGUAGUUGGUGCCCAUUAACCUAGCAAGGAUGACAAUUCAAGGAUAUCUAACAUUGGAUAUGACUAGUAGGCAGUAGUACAACGAAGCAACUGGCUCGAUGAAGAUGAAGGUGGCUGAAGAGUGGUCAGGGCAGCUCAGGGCCACAAAACUGUAAUUCAAAUUUCUACCAUGUGACCCAACACAAUCAUACUGAAUUGUGGUGCUGAUCACUUGACUGGCUCAGACGGGGAUUGAUUCAAUUCAAUCAGGUCAGGUAACUGAAACAUGGAUAUGUUGUGCAUUUCUAAGUUUCGGAUCCGCUGUUUCUGGUUGUAAAUCCAAACAAAUGAUUAAAAAAGUUUUGCUGUUUUCUUUUUUGAGUAACAUUCUUGUUGUUUACCAUGGACCCGUUCCCUUGCUGAUUUUGCA